GUGGGCUCGGAAGGUGGAGUGGGCUUGGCUUGUCUGAGCUGCCUUUUCCAAGACAGGAGAGCAAAUGCUUGCCCAGCUGGACGGAGCGUGCUGAACUCACGUCGCCUUUAGGAAUGGCUGCAGAAGCCCACACCUGGAAAUCCCUCCCUCCCUGCCCCUCCACGGCAGGUUGUGUUUGGAAGGCUCUCCGGUCAUUAGAGGAAUGAGCUGAGGGUGAGCAAUUCACCAGCUCGCCAGCACUUGGAGAACAGCAGGCAAGGAUGGAUGUGGUCGACAGCCUUCUUGUGAAUGGAAGCAACAUCACCCCUCCCUGUGAGCUGGGAAUCGACAAUGAGACGCUUUACUGCUUGGAGCAGCCCUAUCCUUCCAAAGAGUGGCAGCCGGCUGUGCAAAUUCUCCUGUACUCCUUGAUAUUCCUGCUCAGCAUCCUGGGCAAUACGCUGGUCAUCACCGUGCUGAUUCGGAACAAGAGGAUGAGAACCGUCACCAACAUCUUUCUGCUUUCGCUGGCAGUCAGUGACCUCAUGCUCUGCCUUUUCUGCAUGCCGUUCAACCUCAUCCCCAACCUGCUCAAGGAUUUCAUCUUCGGGAGUGCUGUCUGCAAGACCACCACCUACUUCAUGGGCACCUCUGUGAGUGUAUCCACCUUUAAUCUGGUCGCCAUAUCUCUGGAAAGAUAUGGUGCGAUCUGCAAACCCUUACAGUCCCGGGUCUGGCAGACCAAAUCCCACGCUUUGAAGGUGAUUGCCGCGACCUGGUGCCUCUCCUUUACCAUCAUGACUCCGUACCCAAUUUACAGCAACCUGGUGCCUUUUAUCAAAAAUAACAACCAGACCGCGAACAUGUGCCGCUUCCUCCUGCCAAACGAUGUUAUGCAGCAGUCCUGGCACACGUUCCUGUUACUCAUCCUCUUUCUUAUUCCUGGAAUCGUGAUGAUGGUGGCAUAUGGAUUGAUCUCUUUGGAACUUUACCAAGGAAUAAAAUUUGAUGCAAUCCAGAAGAAGUCUGCUAGGGAAUCAUCGGAGAGGAGACAAACACCGGGCCAACUUAUCCAGCAGCCUGCGGUGUAA